CACUUCUCCAGUGGGCGGAUCCGCGAGGGGAUCUCUCGGGCUCUGAUUGGUCUAUUGCAGCUCACAGUGGGUCUUAUAUCCAAUUGGACGAUCUUGGUGUCAAUCAGUGGACGGACCGUUCAGAAUUCGUAAGCAGUUUCGGUGAACGUUUUUUUUAACGUAAACCUGUGGCGGGAGUAACAGUUAUUCGGCGGUUGGUCGGUCGGUCGGUCGGUCGAUUGUCUGCAGGAAACAGAGGCUGAAUUGGGAAACAUGGCUGAAACCGGCGCAGGGCUGAAGUCCCACGAUGAGAACACAGCCCUGAGCUCCCUUCAGGAACAUGAUCAGAAGGCUCAGCUGGAGGACAUUCUGCUCAGACCCCACAACUACGUCGGCUCUGUGGAGCCGCUCACACAGAAAAUGUGGGUGUUUGAUGCAGAGGUGGGACUGAACUGUCGGGAGGUGACAUUCGUUCCUGGCCUCUUGAAGAUAUUUGAUGAGAUCCUGGUAAACGCUGUGGAGAACAAGCGGAGAGACGGCAGCACCGACUGCAUCAAGAUCAAGAUCAAGAUUGACCCUGAGAGAAACUCCAUCCGGAUCUGGAACAACGGAAAGGGGGUUCCUGUGGUGGAGCACCAGGUGGAGAAGGUCUUUAUUCCUGCGCUGAUCUUCGGUCAGCUGAUCUCCUCCAGCAGCUGGGAUAAUGUAGAAGAUGAAGAUGAUCAGCAGAAGAUCACAGGUGGGGGAAAUGCUUAUGGUGCAAAGCUGUGUAAUAUCUUCAGCACCAAGUUCACCGUGAAAACCGCCUGUAGUGAGUCAGGGGCUUCCUUCAAGCAGACUUGGUUUGACAACAUGAGUCGUGCCGGUGAGGCGGAGAUCAACCCGUUCAGCGGUAAGGACCACACCUUCGUCACCUUCCACCCAGACCUGAGCAGGUUCCAGAUGCAGUCGCUGGACCGAGACACCGUGGCCCUCAUGACCAGGAGAGCGUAUGACGUCGCCGGGUCCUCCCCGGGUGUGCGGGUCUACCUCAACGGCACCAGGCUGCCUGUGGACGGAUUCCGGAGUUACGUGGAUUUGUACCUGAAGGAUAAAGUGGACGAGACGGGCUCUCCUCUCACUGUAGUGCACGAAGUGGUGAACCCACACUGGGAAGUGUGUCUCACCAUCAGUGAAAAGGGCUUUCAGCAAGUCAGUUUGGUGAACAGCAUCGCCACCACAAAGGGAGGAACUCACAUCGACUACGUUACAGAUCAGAUCGUCUCACAGCUGAUUGAAGUGCUGAAGGAAAAGAACAAAGCUGCUGAGGAUCUCCAGCCAGUCCAGGUGAAGGAGCUGAUGUGGCUGUUUGUGAACUGCCUGAUCCAGAAUCCAACCUUCGACUCUCAGACCAAAGAGAGCAUGACUCUCCAUCAGCAGAGCUUCACAUCUGCCUUCAGCCUCAGCCACAACUUCUUCAAUCAGGCCAGUGGUUGUGAGUUUGUGAAAAGCGUAGAGAACAGCGUAAAGUUUACGUCUGAAACUCAGCUCAGCGAGAAUUCUGCUGUUAAUCACACGAAGAUCAGGGGCGUGGCCAGACUGUACGACGCUAAGGAUGCAGGGGGUGAAAACUCAGCCGGCUGCACUCUGAUCCUAACCGAGGGAGAUGGGGUCCAAGACCUGGCCGUGUCCGGACUCGAUGUGGUGGGACGCCAUCUCUACGGGGUCUUCCCCCUGAGGGGGAAAAUGCUCAGCGUGCGAAAUGCCUCUCGUGAACAGAUAAUGGAGAACUCUGAUAUCUCUGACCUCGUGAAGAUCCUGGGUCUGCAGUAUGAUGAGAACUACAGCGACCCCGAUUCACUCAAAUCCCUCCGAUACGGAAGAGUGCUGAUGAUGACGGAUCGGGAUCUGGUAGGGUCUUGUAGUAGAGGGCUCCUGAUUAACUUCUUUCACCACUUCUGGCCCUCGCUGCUGCAGCACAGCUUUCUGGAGGAGUUCCUCCCUCCCAUCGUUAAGGCGUCCUGUAAGAACCAGGAGCUUUCCUUCUACAGUAUCCCAGAGUUCACCGAGUGGAAGGAGCAGCAGAUCAACCUCAAAUCAUGGAAGAUCAAACACUGCAAAGGUUUGGGUUCCUGCACAGCCAAGGAGAUCAGAGAGUAUUUCAGGAACCUGGCGAGGCAUCGAAUUCCCUUUAAGUACUCGGGUCCUGCGGAUGAUGAGGCUAUCGUCAUGUUCUUUAGUAAGGAGAAAGCGUAUGAAAGAAGGCAGUGGUUCGCCAGGUUCAUGAAUGACAGGCGCCGGCGUCGAGGGAAGAACCUGCCGCAGGAGAACCUGUACAGUAAGGAGACCUCCUCCCUCUCCUACCAGGACUUCAUCAACAAGGAGCUGGUGCAGGCCAUGCAGACCUGCUGGUUGCACCACGUCCCUUGCCUGGCGGACGGUCUGACAUCAGUCCAGAGGAAGGUGUUGUUCUGCUGCUUCAAGCGGAAGGAUAAGAGGGAGGUGAGCGUGGCUCAGCUCGCCUCUUCUGCUGCACAGAUGACUGCUUACUACACUGGAGAGGUUCCUCUGGAGAAGGUCAUCGUGGAUUUGGCGCAGAACUUUGUCGGUAGCAACAACCUGAACCUGCUUCAGCCUUUGGGUCAGUUCGGCACUCGGCUGCUCGGAGGCCGAGACUCGGCCGGUGCCAGAUGCCUCUUCACCGAGCUCAGCUCUCUCACCCGACUGCUCUUCCCUUCUGUGGACGACGUCCUGCUCAACUACAACUACCAUGACGGCAUGAGGGUGGAGCCUGAGUGGUACCUUCCCAUCAUCCCCCUGGUGCUGGUCAACGGUGUGGAUGCCCUCGGCAUAGGAUGGCUGAGCAAACUUCCCAAAUACGACGUUCGUGAAAUCGUCCAGAACAUCUAUCGAAUGCUGGACGGUAAAGAGCCUCUGCCCAUGCUUCCCAGCUAUAAGGGAUUCAGGGGAACCGUUGAGGAGCUGGGGCAGAACCAGUACAUGAUCAGUGGAGAGGUGGAGAUCAUGGACUCCACCACUAUCGUUAUCUCGGAGCUGCCUGUGAAAAGCUGGACUCAGACCUACAAAGAGACGGUGCUGGAGGAGAUGCUGAACGGCUCUGAGGAAGAACCGGCCCUGAUCACCGACUACGAGGAGCAGCACACCGACAACACGGUGCGCUUUGUGGUGAAAAUGACCGAGGAGACGCUCCAAGCUGCUGCUGCUGUAGGUCUGCACAAGAUCUUCAGACUGCAGAACCGCCUCGACUGCAAACAUAUGGUGUUGUAUGAUGUUCUGGGUUUUCUGAAGAAGUACGAGUUGGUGCAGGACAUUCUGAGGGAUUUCUUUGAUCUGCGGUUGAAAUACUACGUCCUGAGGAAGAACCGGCUGCUCGGCAUGCUGGAAGCUGAGAUCAAUAACCUGCAUAAUCAGACCGCGUUCAUUAUGCAGAAGAAUGAACGUACUCUGGUGUUUGGAAACACUCGUAAGGAGACGAUCAUCGCGAUGCAGAAGAUGGGUUAUCAGUCGGACCAUAUUAAAGUGUGGAAACGAGCCCAAGAGAAGGGAGUGGAGGAAGAGUCCGAAGAGGAUGAUGAGGAAGAGGAAGAAGGAGGUUCAGGACCGGACUACAACUACCUGCUGAACAUGCCCGUGUGGUUCCUCACCUCAGAGAAGAAGGAGGAGCUCUGGAGGCAGAGGGAUGAGAAGAUCACAGAGCUGAAGGUGCUGCAGAGGAAGGAGGCUUCAGAUCUGUGGAGGGAGGAUCUCGCUGCCUUCAUAGAGGAGCUGGAGCGAGUGGAGCAGGAGCAGGAGGAGUCCCAGCUCACACUGACCCAGGUUCAGGGGAAAGAGGGCGGAGCCGAGGAGGUAAAGAGGAAGAACCGGACCUGGCCUACGCCUCAGGAAUGUGUCACCGGGGCUGAGAGUGAGGGAAGUGUGGAGGUGAUGAUGAUGAUGGAAGUUGAGGAAGAGGAAGCAGGAGAAGCUGUGGAGACGGGACCGGAUGCUCCUCUUACCAAGAAAGCAAAAAAAAGGUGUAGAAAGUGGAAAGGUAACAGGAAAAGAAAAGCUCCUGCAGAGGUUGAGCUCAGUGCUGUUCCUAACCGAGGAGAUUCUGCUGUUCAGCCUCCAGCGAAGAAGAAGAAGUGGCAGAAUAAAAAAAAGAAGCAGGAGCAGAAAAAGAAGCAGCAGCAGGAGCAGAAAAAGAAGCAGGAGCAGGAGCAGAAAAAGAAGCAGGAGCAGAAAAAGAAGCAGCAGCAGGAGCAGAAAAAGAAGCAGGAGCAGAAAAAGAAGCAGCAGCAGGAGCAGAAAAAGAAGCAGGAGCAGAAAAAGAAGCAGCAGCAGGAGCAGAAAAAGAAGCAGCAGCAGGAGCAGAAAAAGAAGCAGGAGCAGAAAAAGAAGCAGGAGCAGAAAAAGAAGCAGCAGCAGGAGCAGAAAAAGAAGCAGGAGCAGAAAAAGAAGCAGCAGCAGGAGCAGAAAAAGAAGCAGGAGCAGAAAAAGAAGCAGCAGCAGGAGCAGAAAAAGAAGCAGCAGCAGGAGCAGAAAAAGAAGCAGCAGCAGGAGCAGAAAAAGAAGCAGCAGCAGAAAAAGAAGCAGCAGCAGGAGCAGAAAAAGAAGCAGGAGCAGGAGCAGAAAAAGAAGCAGGAGCAGAAAAAGAAGCAGCAGCAGGAGCAGAAAAAGAAGCAGCAGCAGGAGCAGAAAAAGAAGCAGGAGCAGAAAAAGAAGCAGCAGCAGGAGCAGAAAAAGAAGCAGCAGCAGAAAAAGAAGCAGCAGCAGAAAAAGAAGCAGCAGCAGAAAAAGAAGCAGCAGCAGCAGCAGCAGAAUCUAAAAAAUCUGUAGAAAAAAGAUUUAUCCAGUACUGUUCACAAAGGUUUACAUAUGUUUAAAACUGAGCAAAUGUGUUCAUAACUGAGCAAAACUAAACAUAUAAUAAACCUAUUUAGUUAUUGA